AUGAGCGAUAUCGUGCCCGUGGAAAGCCGCGGAAGCACGACCAAAAACGCAGUUCAAAUUGAGGAGAAUGUCUACGGGACCGCUCAGGGCUCAUCGUCACAUGCAAGAGAUGGAGAGACAGAACCGCGCGUAGACUCUACAAGAAGGCGGCCUAAGCCGAAGCAGACGUACAGCCACACGCACUUCAAAGUGUACAAGAGGAGAUGGCUGGGGCUUGGGCAGCUUGUAUUGUUAAACAUUGUUGUCAGCUGGGAUUGGCUAACCUUUGCUCCCGUAUCAACGUCAGCAGCGACGUAUUUCGAGGUCUCUGAAACAGCAAUCAACUGGCUCUCAACCGGCUUCCUGUUCUCCUUCGUUGUUGCGUGUCCUCUCGUUAUCUGGACACUCCACCGCAGCCCAAAGGAGAGUAUCUUGUGGGCUUCCGGCCUACUGUUAGUUGGCAACUGGAUCCGCUAUGCAGGGACGCGCGCCUCCGGUGGCAUCUUUGGCGUUGUCAUGUUCGGUCAGAUCCUGACAGGGCUUGCACAGCCGUUUGUUCUUGCUGCACCAACGAGGUACUCGGAUAUGUGGUUCACAGAGAGAGGAAGAGUCGGUGCAACUGCGCUGGCGAGUCUGGCGAAUCCGUUUGGUGGUGCUCUUGCACAACUGAUCAACCCCUUCCUCGGCCCCAUCGAUAAGAUCGUCCUCGUCAUUUCCAUAACAACAACCGUAUCCUGCAUCCCCUCCAUCUUCCUCCCCGCAGCACCACCCACGCCCCCAACGGCCUCCUCCAGUCUAUCAAAGACACCGGUCUUCCAGUCAAUCAAAGUCAUGCUGCGUUCCCCACCCUUCUACAUCGUCUUCCUCACCUUCAGCGUCUACGUCGGCUUCUUCAACGCCUUCUCCUCUCUGCUGAACCAGAUCCUCUACCCCUACGGCUUUUCCGAAGACGAAGCAGGCAUCUGCGGCGCAGUGCUCAUCGUCGUCGGUCUGGUCGUUGCAGCCGUCAUAUCGCCCGUUCUCGACCGCACACACGCCUACCUGCUGGGCAUCAAGAUCCUGUGUCCGCUGGUUGCUCUGAGCUAUCUGGCCAUGAUAUGGGCGCCCCAGACACGCAGUAUCGUUGCGCCGUAUGUGUUGAGUGCGGCGCUGGGCGCGAGUAGCUUCAGUCUGCUGCCCAUUGCGUUGGAGUACCUUGUGGAAAUCACUUUUCCGGCAAGCCCGGAGGUUAGCUCGACGAUUUGCUGGGUUGGGGGACAGUUCUUUGGAGCUUGUUUCGUGCUCAUUAUGGAUGCGUUGAAGGAUGCGAGGCCGGUGGAUCUGGGCAAGGUCAGUGAUGGGGGGAGAAUGGCCGGGGGCGGCAAUAGGCCGCCGGGCAAUAUGUAUAAUGCUUUGGUUUUUGAGGCAGUCGUGGGGAUGGUGGUCUUGCCGCUGCCGUUGAUGCUAGGUGUCAAGAAACUAGGAUUGGCGAGUGGUGAGGGGCGACUGAAGGUUGAUGAGCAUGGAGAAGGAGAUGGAGAGGUCGUGGAGGGAUAA